UGCAUUCACUUCCUACUGAUUUGCUCCAGAGCAGACAGACUCUGCCAUAUCAUGUCGUCUUAGUUGGGCUCCACAGACUAUUAUCCACCACGGUAAACAUGUCAUUUCGGUGUAAAUCUAACCGCUGCUCCCCUCUGAAGCUGCUCGUGUGGUUAGUGUUGUGUCUGGGAUGUUUGUCGGUCCGGUCCGGAGCGGAGGAGGACAUCAGCCCGUGGUACCAGGACCUCUGCAGUUAUAAAUGGGAGGCUAUAGACCAGGAUAAUAAAGUCAGCUACACACUAAGGCUAUGUGAGUCUUCACCAUCAACCAGCUGUGGCCCCGGCACCGCUGUCUGCGCUCGGGACCUCACCACCAAAACGGACAAGUCUGUCGGUGAGCUGUCCCUGCAGAGGCUCUCCGGCACAGUGCUGGAUUACAACAGCACCGAAAAAUGUCCAGGAAGCAACAACAACAUUCAGACCAGCAUCAGCUUCCAGUGUGGGAAAACCAUGGGGACCCCAGAGUUUGUUGCUGUGUCUCAGUGUGUUCAUUACUUUGAGUGGAGAACGUUCACCGCCUGCAAGAAAGAUAAAUUCAAGCCACACAAAGAGGUGCCCUGCUAUGUGUUUGACUCGGAUGGUAAGAAGCAUGACCUCAACCCUCUGAUCAAAGCAACCGAUGGUUAUCUGGUGGACGACGGCGACGACAGCAUUGACUUCUACAUCAACAUCUGCAGAAGUCUCAACCGUCCCGACAAAUCAUGUCCAGAGGAGUCUGCAGCCUGUCUGGUCACCAGUCAGGGCUCCUACAACAUGGGCUCUCCUACCGGACGGCUGGAGCUGCUGUCAAAUGACAGACUACGGUUACAGUAUCAAGUCAGUCCCAGCUCGUCUCCAGACAUGUGUAAUGGACACGAUCCUGCUGUCACCAUCACUUUCGUCUGUCCAUCAAGCAGGCAUUCAGGCAGCCCUCCUAAAAUGACAGCCGAAUCGAACUGUCGUUAUGAAGUGGAGUGGGUGACUGAGUACGCGUGUCACAGAGACUAUCUGGAGAGUCAUAACUGCAAACUUACCAGUGAACAGCACGACAUCUCCAUAGACCUAACGCCUCUCACCUUGAGCUCUACAGACCACCCGUACUACGCGCACUCUGGACCCAGUGAUGGGGAUGACAGCUACGUCUACUACCUGAACGUGUGUGGAGAGAUCCCGACUAAUGAAUGUGGCCAAGAGCAGUUCAUAUCGUCCUGCCAGGUGAAGAAGUCUAGAGACGUCAAGAAGGUGGCAGGAAAAUAUCAGAACCAGACACUACGUUAUUCAGAUGGAGAUCUGACUCUGAUCUACCCAGAUGGCACCAGAUGCUCCACCGGCUUUCAGAGAAUGACCAUCAUCAACUUUGAGUGCAACAAGAAUGCAUCUAACGGUGGGCGAGGGACUCCAGUUUUCUCAGGGGAGACAGACUGCACUUAUUAUUUUGACUGGGAGACGGCCUUCGCCUGCGUCAAGGAGAAGGAGGAUCUGCUGUGUCGAGUCACCGAUGGUCACAAACACUACGACCUUUCACCCCUUACAAAAUACCCCGAGUCAGACGUCGGUGAGAACUGGGAGGUGGUGGAUGCUAAAUCUACAAAGCAGGACUUCCGUUUCUACCUGAAUGUCUGUCACAAAGUCAUCCAGACAGGAGAUGCUGCUGGCUGCCCAGUGAAUGCCUCCAUCUGUGCAGUAGAUAAACAACAUGGGGCCAUCAGCCUGGGCAGCUUCCUCUCAUCUCCCCAGAAGACCAAAAUAGGAAAUGACAUCAGAUUGGUGUACACUGAGGGGAGUUUUUGCAAGAAUAAGAAAACGAGGAUCCAAACUAUCUUGACCCUAAAGUGUAAAACGGGAGAUCUUGAGAGCGCUCCCGUCCUUCGUAGCGUUUCGUCUGAUGAAUGUGUCUACGAGUUGGAAUGGUACACUGCUGCCGCCUGCGUCCUCUCCAAGACACAGGGGGACAACUGCAAGGUGGAGGACCCUCAGGCUGGGUUCUCUUUCGACUUGUCACCACUCUCCAAACCAAAGGGUGGCUUCUACAACCUGACCAGCGGCAGUUAUGACUACUACAUCAACGUCUGUGGUCUUGUCACUGUUGCUGGCUGUCCUGACAAGGCCGGAGCAUGCCAGGUCGAAAAGAGUUCAUGGAGUCUUGGGGAGGCAAACUCCCGUCUGUCGUACUACGAUGGUCUGAUCCAGCUGAUGUACAGUAACGGCUCCCAGUACCACAACAAAGAACACACUCUCAGAUCCACACUCAUCUCCUUCCUCUGUGACCCAGAAGCCGGAGCUGGAUACCCCGAGUUCCAGAUUGAGGACAAAUACACGUAUAACUUCCGCUGGUAUACAUCCUACGCAUGUCCUGAAAGGCCUCAUGAGUGUUUGGUGACAGACCCCAACACUCUUGAGCAGUACGACUUGUCAAGUUUGUCACGCUCAAGUAGCAACUGGCAGACCAUGGAUCUGUCCGACCCCAUGAACCUAAAGAAGUACUACAUCAACAUAUGCCGGCCUAUCAACGCUGUAGCAGGCUGCGAUCGCAACGCGGCUGUCUGCCAGAUGAAGUACAUAUCUGAGCAGGGCUCUCCGAAGGAAGUUGUGUCAGUCAGCAACAUGGGUAUUUCCAAGCGGGGGCCGAUAAUCGAGGGGCGGGACCACCUGCUGCUGGAGUUCACAGACGGCUCUGAAUGCAUAUCAGAUGGCCAGAAGCUCACGUACACGACACUUAUUCACCUUAUCUGUUCCAGAGGAACUCAGUCAAUGCCCCUGCAGUUCCUGCUGUACCAGAACUGUACUACCACCUUCGAGUGGUACACCAGGGCAGCCUGUGCCAUCAAAACCACAGAGACCAAUAGCUGUGCUGUGGUGGACCCCAACACUGGCUUUGAGUUCAACCUUCAGCUUUUGGCCUCCAAGACUGGAUAUAAGACAAGUGGGAAUGGCAAGGACUUCCUGGUAAAUAUCUGCUCAGAUGUGGCAGAAUGCGGGCAGGGCGUGGCUGGCUGUGAGCUGGAAGACAGCAAACCCAUCAGCCCAGUGGGGGUGGAGAAGACCCUCCAAUACUCCACCGAUGGCCUGCUUAGCCUAACAUAUAAGGGAACCCUGGACGAUCCUACAGCAACUCGGGAUACCUUCACCAUUAACUUCGUGUGUGAUCCAGACUCUCACCCUGGCUCAUUAAAACUGCUUCGAGAGGACUUGAGCUCUUUAACCAGCCAUGUCGUCCACAACGUCCUCUUUGAGUUCUCCACUGCCCUGGCCUGCAUCCCUGCACCAGUGGACUGCCAGAUCAUUGAUUCCCAUGGUAACGAGUAUGACCUGAGGAACCUGAUCCGGGACAGCCCCUGGACCGCCAUACAUACAGAUGCUGUCAAGUCGCGCAGCUUUUAUAUCAGCGUCUGCAAACCCCUCCCUACUCUGAAAGACUGUCCAGUGGGUCCUUUGGGUUCUUGUGGUGUGAUUGAUGGGAAGAGUUUUAACCUGGGUUACGUCCAGUCCAGCCCGCAGGCAGCAGAGGACGGCUCAAUUAGCAUCGUGUACCAGAACGGAGACCGGUGUGGAUCAACAUCUCGCUACUCAACACGCAUCAUCUUCCAGUGUGACGACAAACCGGGCGACCCCAUGUUUGACCGGGAAGAUGGUUGUGAGUACGUCUUCAUCUGGAGGACGUCUGAGGCCUGCCCCAUCAGGAAGUCUCAAGGUGACAACUGCCGGGUCCGUGACCCCAAGACUGGCUACGAGUUCAACCUGAGCUCUCUGAAGGGUCAAGAUUACCCCGUCAGGAAUGAAAAGUACAUCUACCACCUGUCGGUCUGCGGGGGGCUCCAGAGAGGCGUCUGCACCCACAAAGACACAAGCAAUGACUCUGUCUCCUCCUGCCAGGUGGAUGGUGCAAAUCACAAGAUUGCAGGAUUGGCAAACCAGGUUCUGAGUUAUGUGGGAGACCAGCUUAUCCUUAACUACACGAAUGGAGAGAGCUGUCAUAAGAUAUACAACCGGUCCACCGAGAUCUACUUCUCCUGCCGCCCUGACAGGCACCCUGGAACACCAGAGUUCAUCAAGGAGACUCCAGACUGUACCUACAUGUUCAACUGGCCCACCGCUCUGGCCUGUGUUCCAGUCAAAACCACCAGCUGCUCUUACAAUGAUGGUCAGGGCCACUCGUACGACCUCUCACCUCUGGCUAUGGACUCUGCAAACUGGGAGGUGGAGACCUCUACUGGAGACAAGAAGAACCGAUUUUACAUCAACGUCUGCAGGUCGCUGGUGCAGCAGGGAGGUUCAUGGAAGUGUCCCUCCAGUGCAGCGUCCUGUGUGAAGGUUGGAGAGGAAUAUGUGAGUCUGGGUCAGGUGGAGUCUGGUCCUACGUGGGACAGAAAUGUCCUGAAGCUGCAGUACACCAGCGGCCAGCUGUGUCCUGAUGGAAGACGCAACAGGAGCAGCAUCAUCCGCUUCAAGUGUAACAGAGACAAAGUGGACUCCCGGCCUACUCUGAUCUCUGCCAUCGAGAACUGUGUGUACACCUUCCUUUGGUUAACAGCUGCUGCUUGCCCUCUAGACAGCACCCAACACGACAACUGCAGGGUCACAAACCCAGCUACAGGUCAUUUGUUUGAUCUCAACGUCCUGACAAAGGAAGGCGGUUACACUGUGUACGAUCACCACGAUCACAGGAAGAUGUUCCGCAUGAACAUCUGUGGAAACAUGACCAACACUGGAUGCAGCGCUGACAGCGCUGUGUGUAUUAAGGAUGCCACGACUGCGGUGAGCGGCGGUCAGGUGAGCAGGAAACUUUCGUACAAGGAUCACGUUCUGGAGCUGGCGUAUGAAGGAGGAAGUCCCUGCGAAGCAAACCCCGCCUUUAAACACAACACCAUCAUCAACUUCAUCUGCAGGCCACCUUCCAUGGGCUCGGCCCCGCCAGAGCCAGUCCUCAUCGCCUCCAACGCUGAGACUUGCACACACUUCUUCUCUUUCCACACACCCCUGGUCUGCGAAGAGCCGGUAAAGUGUUCAGUCCAGAACGGCUCUGCUGUUAUAGACCUGACUCCUCUGAUUCAUGUCAGUGGAUACUACACAGCAACAGAUGAGGCAGUGGACCAAACUGACGAAUUUCCAGACUUCUACAUCAACAUCUGUCAGCCUCUAAACCCCAUCCCCGGUGUCACCUGCCCUCCUGGAGCUGCUGUCUGUAUAGAUCCUGAUAAUGGACCGCCUGUGGACAUUGGGCGAACUACCAGCGGCCCUGAGAUCAAUAGAGCGACUGGGGAAGUGUCCAUCACUUACCACAGCUCUACAAAGUGUGCGGCCGAUCCAGCACAGAACUACACUUCGACCAUCAUCUUCACCUGCCAGAGAGGCCUGGAGCUGGGCUCUCCACAAAUGCUGAGGCUGCAGGGAUGUGUCUAUUUGUUUGAGUGGGCGACUCCUUUAGUCUGUUCAGAUGCUACCCACACCAACGCCAGCAGUUGCAAGCUCACUGACACCCAGCUCCAGUACACCUUUGACCUGUCGACCCUCUCUGGUGAAGUCCAGGUAUCAGCGGGCUCCAGCACCUACUUCAUCAACGUCUGCAGCUCAGUGACAGAUCCGGCCUGUAAGAACAGCACAGUGUGCCGGGUGUCUGGUUCCGGUUCAGACAAGUCGGCCUCAUCCUUUGGCAUCAGCAAGGCCAUGACGAUGGACUUCAAACACGACGAGGAGGCUGUACUGAUGCAGUAUGGUGGGGGAGAUCCCUGUCCACCAGUGACAAAUGAGGGCGAGGUGUGUGUGUUCCCCUUCACAUUCAUGAAGAAGUCAUACACAGAGUGCACCAAAGAUGAAAGGACAGAUGGCAGGAAGUGGUGUGCCACCACUGCAAACUAUGACACGGACAAGAAGUGGGGAUUCUGCAGUGAAGCGUCUGGAACGCGUCAGUCCUCCAUAUUGUUUACUUGCGACCAGUCUGUGGGCCACGGCACUCCACAGCUGCUCUCAGAGACAGAGGGUUGCUCAGCCACUUUUCAGUGGCGUACCAGCGCUGUUUGUCCACCGGUGAAGAUGGAGUGUAAGCUGGUCAGCCAGCAUCAGACCUUCGACCUCCGAACCCUGUCGUCCCUCACUGAGCCGUGGAAGUUCCGCCACCAAGGAGAUUCAUACUUCAUUAACCUGUGUCAGGGUAUCCACGGUGGAUUAACAGGUUGUCCUGAAGAAGCAACUGUGUGCCGACGCUCAGCAGCAGGAGUGACCCAGACCUUGGGCCGAGUUUAUACUCAGAAAAUGAGCUACACUGAUGGAAAGAUCUUUGUCAAUUACUCAUCUGGUGAAGAUGUCUGUGGUAACGGCGUGAAGGCCAAGACUGUGAUCCAGCUGAGCUGCGGCACCACUGUGGGACACCCAGCACUCAUCAGUGUGGAUAUGGCUUCAUGUGAGUUUGUGAUUGGCUGGGAGACUCGGUUGGCGUGUGCGGUGAAGCAGCGUGAGGUGGUGAUGGAGAAUGGGACGAUACAGGUUCCUGACACUGGAGUCAAGCUCAGUCUUGGAGAGGUCUACUUCAGCCACCAUCAGGCGUCUGGAGACAUCCGUACCAACGGCGAUCGGUACAUCUACCACAUCCAGUUGUCAGGCAUCACCAACAACUCCCUGCCCACCUGUCUCGGUGCCAACAUCUGCCAGGUCAAACUUAACGCACCCUACAGACGCAGGAUUGGCUCCUCCAGCAAGGCCAAGUACUACAUCAAAGGAGGAAACCUGGAUGUGAUGGUGCCCUCGGACUCGGCGUGUGGGCGGGAGAGGACCACAACAGUGUCGUCCACCAUCAUGUUCCACUGCAGCCCCUUGGCAGGCAUCGGCAUCCCUGAGUUUAUGCUGGAGACGGAUGAAUGCCAGUAUCUGUUUGUGUGGCACACGGACGCUGUGUGUGGUCUCAUAACUGUUGAUACACAGUCAUAUGACGAGGACAACGGCGAGGCUUCAGUUCUCUCAAGGCGAAGUCAAGCGGUGGAGGUGAUGUUGACCCUCAUGUUGGUGGGUCUGUCUGUCUGUCUGCUGGGGCUCCUGCUCCACAAGAGGGAGAGGAGAGAGCUGGUGAUUCAGAAGGUUGCCGGCUGCUGCAGGAGAGGAAACCAAGUCUCCUAUAAAUACUCAAAGGUCAACAUGGACGAAGAAGGGGGAGAAGAAGAGAUGGAGUGGCUGAUGGAGGAGCUCGAAGCCCCUCCCACAUCCACUUCCUCGUCCUCCCACCGAGGGAAGAGCAACCACGGCAAUGGUCACAUCACAACCAAGCCGGUGAACACGGACGGCCUGCGCUCGUUCUCGCUGGACGAGCAGGAGGACGACAGUGAGGACGAGGUGCUGAGCGUCCCGGGGGUGCGAGUGGUCAAAUCCUCCGCGCUCCCCAGGCACUCCACGGCCCAUCGCAGCCCCUUCCUUCAGGAGGAGAGCGACGAGGACCUGGUCGGCCUCCUGGACGAGUCAGAAAAGAAGAGGAAGAGCAGCAAACCUCGCUCCUCAGGCCUCAAUCACGGUAACAACACGGCAGCCAAUAGGAAACGGGAUGAGGACGACAGUGACGAGGACCUCCUCAGGGUGUGAUGUCACUUCCUCCGUCCCGCUCCUCCUCCCCCCACGACCAAUCUGAACUCUUCUUUCUCAGUGAAUGUCUCCAUAACAACAACAAUGAAGUACCAACAACAUAUUGAAAGCAGAAACCUUUUCCUCUCUUUGGGAUUUUUUUGUUGGACUGCACCUUUACUCGGCCUCAGACUCUAUCCAGUCCACUGUCUACAGACUGUUGAUGUUAGCACAUGGUUUCUUAUUUAUUGAUAGCUGAUUAUUUAAAGUGUUCUGCAGGCUGUUUUUGACCUGCGCCCCAUUUUCUCAUAUUUUCUGUCAUAAUUCUGAAAUGAAAUAAGUUACUUCUCUAUCAGUCUUUCCACAUUUAUCUAAUAUAGACUCUAAAAUCAACCCCAGAGGCAUUGAACUCAUCUUUCUUGACGUUCUGGCUCAAUGAGACAUGUCAGUGAAAAUAUGUAAAUUAAAUAUUUUUAUUUUCUUUUUGAGUUUUUGAAAAGUUGUGCCAUUGCUUUAGCACUUUACUGUAGCAUUGAUUAACCGAGAAUAAUACUACAUGUCUCAUUGCACACAGUGAGAAGAAAAGCUACUUUUGGAGUUGAUUCUUGGUUUUGAUUUUAAUUUCCAGGACUGUAUUUAAUAACUGUGGUGAGAUUGUAAGUCAAGUAACUCAAUAGUGAAACAAGUAUUUGGGCGAAUAACGGCUAUCAAAGAGUUUAAAAAAAGGAGGAACUGGUUCAGUUCCCUGGACGUGGGCAGCGAAGGUGUCGGCUUGUGUUGUUUCUAAAGGGAAUGAAGACACCUGUUUGUCUUUUUCUUGCUGUUUACAGUUGCUAUAAUAGCAGAUGUUUCUCUUUCUUUCCCCUCAAAAAGAAAGCACGAUGCCUUCCUGACGAUGAACCUACUUCGUGUUUUCAUCGAUGAAUCAUGUCCGGCGACAGAUUGAUUUGUUUGUCUUGUUUUGAUCAGAGACAUUGUACAUAGAGGAUAAUGUUCUAUAAUAUGGACGUUUUGUUUGUUUGUUGUCUUCACUGGUGAAUUGCUCACACGUUUUGUUUUUAUGAUUAUUUAAACGGCUAUCCGUGCUGAUUAUCUGUGCGAAUCUCUGCUCUGUGAGAAAAUAGAGAUGGCCUUAAGUGUGAAUGGACGGUCGACGAGGACGGAGGUUGAAAGUGAGAUGUUAGUUUAGGUUGGUUUCUGAAGCCCCGCCCCCCACCGUCCUCCUCUCCCUCCGAAGCCAUAUUUCUACAGCCACCGCUGGCACUAAUGUAUGGAAAUUGGGAAUUUUGUGUUUCCGCUUGCACGCUCUCGUACAUUAAAGGCUCAGUUUUGGUAUUCAGGUCUGUGACUGUGGAUGAUGCCGCAUCAAAAGUUUUAACUCGGUAAAACCAAGUUUUUGUAGUGCCGAAAUCAGGCUCUUUUUUUUUUGGCCAAAUGCAUGUGAUGAUAAGAAAAGAAAUGAGCAUUAAAGUGUUAAGGAAACAGGCAGGUGACUUACAUUUAACAUAUUUUCUGCUUAAUAAUCAAACUAGUGUUUUCACAGAGAUUAUCAGUGAUGAUUCUUUCACGAGUGAAAUCAAACUGACAGUGAGAUGAGUAAGCCUACACAGUAUAAACACAGAGUACGUGUGUGCCGUCCUACUUGCAGGUUCUUUUCUUUGGUCCCAGCCAGAGAAGAAGUUGUUGAUGUGAAGCUUUUAGUUUACACAAUUAGAAAGCAGACGUAUGAAUUUACAAACUCACAAAUAGUCGAACAUUUACAGCAGCAUAGUUUUGGUAGCAUUUCAUUCUCAUGGUUCCAGUCAGAACAAGUCAAACUCUAGCUCCUGUGACUUUAACUGCACAUGGUGGACCUGUCUGUGCUCUUUGAGGUAAUUCUUCUCUGGUUUUCAUACCAGUUAACAACAUAUUAGGUGUGUUUUUUCCGGCUGCUAAUGACAGUUAUUUUCAUUAUAGAUUAGACCAGUGGUUCUCAACCUUUUUCAUGUGAAGGACCCCUUAAGUGAGACUUCCUAGGUGACACCACAGUUCAGGGGAUGACCAUGGAGAAGGUAAAAUGUAUGAUCAGAAUUAUCAAACUGACUCUUAUUCACACUGGACUCAGUUUUAUAGUCAAUUGAAAAGUGAAAAUAACCACCUGGAAUUCUGUCAAGGACCUCUGAGAGUCUCUGGUCCCCUGGUUGAGAACCACUGGAUCGUACAGUACAAUGCGAAGAAUACUCAUCACAAGCUCUUAAAGUCCAAGGUGACGUCUUCAAAUGUCUUUUGUCAGAGCAGUCUGAAACUCAAAAAAUGUAGAGGAAUCUAACAAAUUCUCACACUGGGGAAACUGAUAACAGAAUUUUUGAUGCCAGAUAAUAACUUUAUCCAAAAAAAAAAAAAAAGAAUGUAUUUUCCAUAGAUUAAUUAAGAUGAGCAUUUAAGUUCAUUCUUGACCUUUAACAUAGUGAUUUAACAAAAAAAAAUCUUAACUCAAGGUCCACUUACUAGCUUUUUCUUAAGCUUUUAACUACUUCUCACAUCAGAUUCCUUAGUUGUCGACCAAGAAGUUCAUUUGACUGUGAGAUGUGAUUGAAAGCCACAGAGGGGGAGUGAGUCAGCCUGGAGUACAGGGCUUUCUUUGUUUAACUUCUCAGUCCAAGUUUGAGGAACGACUAGCGAGCAGACAUCGUUCAAGCUCAAUAAACAGAACAUUAAAAAUAUUAGUCAUCGUUAAUCGUUGAAGUUGAUCAUCGAGCAGAACUGCCAUAUAUUUUCUGUUUUCAGCCUCUCAAAUGUAAAGAUUUUCUCUGUUUCAUAUCGUUGCAAAUAAAACACGUUUGGGUUUUUAGACUGUUGGUUGGUGAAAGCAGGCAGUUUGAAAACAUCACCUCAG